AUGAUUAUAAAUCAAAUUUUAAAUAUAUUCUAUCAACUAAUCGUCAUAUUGACGACAAUAAAAUAUUGUUUUUCUGAAAUACAUCAAGAUGAUCAAUUAUCUAAUCAAUUAUUUAAUAUUCUCGGUUCAUUACAACCAUUUCGUUCACAAUUUUGUCAAUUUAAAUUUGAAAAUUGUAUACAAGAUUCAUCAUAUGCUGAUCAACUUGAUAAUGAUUGUAAUAUAUAUUCACGUUUACGUGAUUGUUUUCGUUCAUUACUUGAUGAAACACAAUGUUUAACAAUACAACUUAGACGUCAAUAUAAACAAGCAAAACAAAAUGAAUAUGAAUCAUGUGGUAUAACAUUAUCAUUAGAAUCAAUUAAUUCAUCAAUUAAUACGUCCUCAUCAUUUAAAAUAAAUAUUAAUUAUCUAACAGUAUUUUUUCUAUUUAUUAUAUCUAUUUCAUUAUCAUUUAUUUAA